UGGCAAAGGGGGCGGGACGUCCGUGUUCCUUGUCGCUCGCCGCAGCGCCUGGCGCCCGGGAAGAGGUGGUUGUAAGGAAGCGAGCUCGCGGCUCUCCGGCUUCCGAGGCUUCAGGUUUGUCAGAGGGAGGGGGCUGCGAGCGAGGAGAAUCCACCGCAGCCGGUCUUCGGCAACUCUCCUGUUGACCUCCGCGCGACGUACCCGCCGCCGCUGUUGGUUGGAGCAUUUGACAUUGUGCAGCAAAGAAAUGGUUAUGGAGAAGCCCAGUCCGCUGCUUGUAGGGCGGGAGUUUGUGAGGCAAUACUAUACUUUGCUGAAUAAAGCUCCAGAAUAUUUACACAGGUUUUAUGGAAGGAAUUCUUCAUAUGUUCAUGGUGGAGUAGAUGCGAGUGGAAAGCCCCAGGAGGCUGUUUAUGGCCAAAAUGAUAUACACCACAAAGUAUUAUCUCUGAACUUCAGUGAAUGUCAUACUAAAAUUCGUCAUGUGGAUGCUCAUGCAACCUUGAGUGAUGGAGUAGUUGUCCAGGUCAUGGGUUUGCUAUCUAACAGCGGACAGCCAGAGAGGAAGUUUAUGCAAACCUUUGUUCUGGCUCCUGAAGGAUCUGUUCCAAAUAAAUUUUAUGUUCACAAUGAUAUGUUUCGUUAUGAAGAUGAAGUCUUUGGUGAUUCUGAACCAGAACUUGAUGAAGAAUCAGAAGAUGAGGUAGAAGAAGAACAAGAAGAAAGGCAACCAUCCCCAGAACCUGUGCAAGAAAAUGCUGAUAGUGGUUACUAUGAAGCUCAUCCUGUGGCUAAUGGCAUAGAGGAGCCUUUGGAAGAGUCUUCUCAUGAACCUGAACCUGAGCCAGAAUCUGAAACAAAGACUGAAGAACUAAAGCCUCAAGUGGAGGAGAAGAACCUAGAAGAAUUAGAGGAGAAGUCUACUUCUCCUCCUCCUGCUGAACCAGUUUCUCUGCCACAGGAACCUCCAAAGGCUUUCUCCUGGGCUUCAGUGACCAGUAAAAACCUGCCUCCUAGUGGUACUGUUUCUUCCUCUGGAAUUCCACCCCAUGUUAAAGCACCAGUCUCACAGCCAAGAGUUGAAGCUAAACCCGAAGUUCAGUCUCAGCCCCCUCGUGUGCGUGAACAACGACCUAGAGAACGGCCUGGUUUCCCUCCUAGAGGACCAAGACCAGGCAGAGGAGAUAUUGAACAGAAUGAAUCUGACAACCGUAGAAUAAUUCGCUAUCCAGACAGUCAUCAACUUUUUGUUGGUAACUUGCCACAUGACAUUGAUGAAAAUGAACUGAAAGAGUUCUUUAUGAGUUUUGGAAACGUUGUGGAACUUCGCAUCAAUACCAAGGGUGUUGGGGGAAAGCUUCCAAACUUUGGUUUUGUGGUUUUUGAUGACUCUGAACCAGUUCAGAGAAUCUUAAUUGCAAAACCAAUUAUGUUUCGAGGUGAAGUACGUUUAAAUGUGGAAGAGAAAAAAACGAGAGCUGCAAGAGAGCGAGAAACCAGAGGUGGUGGUGAUGAUCGCAGAGAUAUUAGGCGCAAUGAUCGAGGUCCUGGUGGUCCACGUGGAAUAGUGGGUGGUGGAAUGAUGCGUGACCGGGAUGGAAGAGGACCUCCUCCACGAGGUGGCAUGGCACAGAAACUUGGCUCUGGAAGAGGAACCGGGCAAAUGGAAGGCCGCUUCACAGGACAGCGUCGCUGAAGCUCCACUGUUGGCAAAGUCUUGGCAGUGGUACAUUAUUCAUCGUGUUUGCAUUCUUGUUAAUUUUUUUUUGGCUUUGGAAUGUGACACAGCCUUUUUGAUCAUUUCUUUGAUGUGAAAAGCAUCUUUUGGUUAUCAGUUAAAUUGAGGUGGACAUUAUUCCCCAAUUUCACAACAGGAUUCACAUUGUUAAUUUAUAAAUCUAGACUUGGAGAAUUAAGGACUGAGAAAUGACCAUAUCUUAAACUAUCUACAACAAAAUGAACUUAAAAAGGACAUGCCCAACUGAAUUCAGGUCCUUUGAGUCAAAAAAAAAAAAA